ACUUUCUGCAAGCCAAGCCGAGAGCAAGCCGGAGAUGAAUUGAAGGUUGCUAGACUCGACUGGAACGCCGUGCACGAUUUAACGAGGUAAAAUGGGCGAAAAAAGAAUGGUGUUCAUCGCCUUGGAUAAGAAGAAGGACCAUUGCAGGAGAGCCUUCGACUAUUAUCUGGAUAAGGUCAAGAGAGCCGAUGACCAGGUACUGCUGGCGCACAUAGUAGAACCCACAGGCAUCCCAACACCAACCUUAGCACAUGGUGUAACACGGUCACGUGCUGAAUGGGAUACUAUUAUGAGAAGAAUGGAGGAAACUGCUAGGGAGAUAACCGCUGACUACGAGAAGAUCUGUGAGGCGGAGAACAUUCCGUUCCAGUCCAUUUGGGGCGCAGGCAACGCGGGUGAGGGGAUCUGUGAGCUAGCGAAAAAUGAAGGUGCUGAUUUCAUCCUCAUCGGUAACAGGGGCCUGGGAUCCAUCAAGCGUACGUUGCUAGGCAGCGUGACAGACUACGUUGUUCAGCACUCACAUGUUGCCGUACUUAUAGUUCCACCCAAGUAGGGCAAAUGUGACCCUUCUUGUCCCGAACAAUGUCCCACCCAAGAACAUGUAGAAAUGCAGGGUUAUUGAGGGUGAUUGUUUCAUAAGUACUGUCGAGUUACUUGAAGCUACCAGUGUGAGAGGAUCUGAGAGGCUGUUGCUUCUGAUAAAAUAAAUUCUAUAUGAAAAGUA